AUGUGGCUGACGAGCCCGGAGCACGCCGAGCUCGUGCGGCAGUGGCUGGAGUACCACCGCCUGGUGGGCUUCGACAGGUUCGUGGUCUACGACCUCGACGGGUCCCUCGCGGAGGCCGUGGCCCCCUUCGUGCGGGACGGCUUCGUGAUCUACGUGCCUCGCUGGCCCGAGGAGCUGUCGCCGGGCGCCUGCUCGGCCCUGCACCGGGCGGCGCCGCCCGGGCGGGGCGAGCCCCCCUGGGCCAGGUACUGCACCCAGACGCAGGCGGAGGCGCACUGCGUCUGGAGCCUGCGCGGCCGGGCGCGGUGGGCCAUGCUGCUGCACAGCUUCGACGCCUACGCCUCCUCGCGGG